CUUUCAGCAUUUAUUAUGGAAAUAAUCAGUCGUGUUGCUGUGAUUUUGUUUUAAUUGUAUUGUUUCUUAUUUUUUUUUUAUUUUAGCUGACGAUGCUGCACGCCCAAAAUCCUCACGGCACAUCUCCAUGUUCCCUGCGAGUUAAAUUUAAUUCGGACUCUCUGAGCAGCACGGCGAGGCGUCAGCCACUAGAGGCUGCACUAGCAAAGACACAGAUACAUGGAUCAAUACUGAGAGAGGGAGAGAACGGCAGAACAAUCAAUGGAGAAGCAGAAAAAGGGAGAUGGUGGGAUAGCGUGCAGUUCAGCUCAGCGAGGAAGGGUGGCAGAGUGAGGAGAUAGCUGGAGUGAGCAUUGUGGCAGCUGACAACCUCAAAAAGAGAGAAAGAGAGAGAGAGAGAGAGAAGGGGGGAGGGAGAGAGAGAGUGGAGCACCACGUUGCCCAUCCUUAUAUUCCCCUCUGCAGCUGUGCGAGGCAGAGUGAGCGGUGGAGAGGACAGAGCACAUCUGAGUCCAGUGGAAACAGCAGGACCACGUACCACUUGGCUGAGAGAUCGAUGCGCUUCCGCCGAGCCGCGCAGGAAGGCUGAGUGACCCGUAGGACGUCCGCGCACUACACAGGAAAAGAGGCGAAGAGAGCGAGAGAGUACCCGAAGGGACGGGAGAGAGUGAAGAGAGCUGGAGGGAGAGACGAUUACCAGAGGCCAAUUUGAAAGCUUUCAGCUGCCCACUCAGACCAGACAGUAACCUGUUAAAAGGAUCAACUCCGGUUGUUACUCUCAAGGUGCGGAGACAGACAGAGAGACUGGCAACAAGAGCACAAAGUCCUCACAGCAAAGGUGCACGUGAACGGGGGUGGUGAGGUUUGUUCCCAGCAUGCCACUGGCACGGCAGCUUCACCGGGCCACAGCGUCCACAGCUAGCUGGACCAUCGCUUUGACUCUCCUUCUUGCUCUACAGGGCGCCGCUCACGCUGCUCCGUCAGGGGACAACAAGCUGGUGCGCACCACCAGGGUGAGGAGGCAGACCCCGGGGGGGGAUCAGCCCUCCUCGGCUUCCUCAGCCAACCAGACCUUGCGGGAUCAACCUGUGGUCUUUAACCACGUCUACAACAUCAAUGUACCCUUGGAGUCUCUGUGCUCCGUUGACCUGGAUGCCUCCGGACCACCUGACGGUUCUCGUGGCGAGUUGGGAUCUAGGCCUUCUAUGGAGGGUCCAGUGGAUCCAGUCGGACCGACAGAAUACACUGAGCAGACGCUGGAUGCUGACAGUCAGGUAACAUUCACUCACCGCAUCAACAUCCCAAAAGCAGCGUGCGGUUGUCCGGCGACGACCACGAUCCAGCAGCUCGCCACCCGAGUCGAGAUGCUGGAGAGAGAGGUGUCCAUGCUCAGGGCUCAGUGUGGAUCUGGAUGCUGUGGGGACAGCUCGGCCAUGGGCCGCUUUGACUUCGUCCCAGGCUGCAGCGGCCACGGCAGCUUCAGCUUCGACAUGUGCGGCUGCAUCUGCGAAGAAGGCUGGACCGGCAAGAACUGCUCGGAGCCGCGCUGCCCCAACGACUGCUCCGGCCAGGGCGUGUGCGUCGAGGGGGAGUGCGUGUGCGACCGCGACUUCGGGGGCGACAACUGCUCCGAGCCGCGCUGCCCCUCGGACUGCUCGGGCCGCGGGCUGUGCAUCGACGGCGAGUGCGUGUGCGAGGAGUCCUUCACGGGCGAGGACUGCAUGGUCGGGAGGUGCCUCAACGACUGCUCGGACCAGGGCCUGUGCGUCAACGGGACGUGCCAGUGCCGGCCCGGGUACGUGGGCGAGGACUGCUCGCUGGUGUACUGCGCCAACAACUGCAGCAAGAAGGGAGUCUGCAAGGAGGGCUUCUGCGUCUGCCAGGACGGCUUCGCCGGGGAUGACUGCAACUCUGUUGCACCAGCCAUGAACUUGAAUGUACGAGGAGUGACCGAUCGAACCAUUGACCUGGAAUGGGAGGGGUCAGUGGUGCUGACAGAUUUCUUAGUGACUUACACACCGGGCAGCCCCGGAGGUGUGCAGAUGGAGAUAAGGAUUCCAGGCAACACCACCACAUGCACUAUCUCAGGGCUGGAAGCAGGCUUGGAGUACAACAUCAACGUGUUCGCUGUCAUUAACAACAGUAUCAGCGUUCCUGCAAGCAUUACUGUGUGGACCUAUCUCUCCAAUCCGGAUAGUUUAGUCUUCAAAUCCAUCACUGAGACGUCGGUGGAGGUCCAGUGGAAACCCUUCUACUAUUCCUUCGAUGGAUGGGAGAUCAGCUUCAUCCCCAAGGACAACGAUGGAGGGAUGACGGCGCAGCUGCCCAGCACCAUCACCUCGUUUGUGCAGACCGGCCUGAGGCCGGGCGAGGAGUACACGGUGAACCUGGUGGCGCUCAGAGACCAGGGUCGAAGCCAGCCGGUCACCGCCGUCGUCACCACAUUGAUUGAUGGCCCCACUCAGCUGAUUGUGCGGGACGUGUCGGACACCGUGGCCUUUGUGGAGUGGACGGCACCGAAGGCAAAGAUCGAUCAGAUCGUGUUGCGUUACGGCCUCGUGGGAGGAGAGGGCCCACGGACCACCUUCCGCCUCCAGCCCACGCUCAGCCAGUACUCUCUGCAGGUUCUGCGCCCUGGCUCGCGUUACGAGGUGUCUGUGAGCGGUGUGAGGAAAGGAAACGAGAGCGGAUCCAUUUCCACUGAAUUUACAACCGCUUUAUCGUUCUUCUCAGAGAUCGAUGCGCCCAAGAACCUGCGGCUCGUGUCCAAGACCUCUACCACCCUCGAGCUUGAAUGGGAUAACAGUGAAGCUGAGGUGGAGGGCUACGAGGUGGUGUACAGCACUUUAGCUGGAGAUCAGUACGAUAAAGUGAUCGUGCCGCGCAACGAGGGAGCAACCACUAAGACCACACUCACAGACCUGCUGCCUGGCACCGAGUACGGCAUCGGCAUUUCUGCUAUGAAAGACAGCAACCAGAGUACGCCAGCAACAAUGAACGCAAGGACAGAUCUGGAUGUACCCCUGGAUCUAACUGUGACAGCUUCCACAGACAACACCAUCACUCUGGUGUGGGGCGUCGUUCAGGGCCCCAUCGACCACUACAGGGUCACCUACACGUCUUCCUCCGGUGUCACUACGGAGCUGACAGUUCCUAAAGAUGUAACCACCACCACUCUGACAGACCUUGAGCCUGGGACUGAGUACACCAUCACUGUAGCAGCGAGAAGAGGGAGACAGCAGAGCACUGCAGCUACCAUAGACGCCUUCACAGGAAUCCGGCCUGUAACCCACCUCUACUUGUCAGAGGUGACUUCAGACUCCGUGUCGGUGGCGUGGAGUGCCCCAGCUCCGCCUGCCGACCUCUUCAUUCUGAGCUACAGCUCGGCCGACGGGACCGACACCUCUAAGGUGACGUUGGAUGGCUCCAAGACGAGGUCACUGGUCCAAGGGCUGCUGCCGUCCACUCAGUACACCGUCAGUCUAAUCACAAUACAGGGAGAUGUUACAUCUGAGCCCAUUACCGCAUCACUCACUACAGGCAUGGAUCCCCCAAAAGAGAUGAUGGUGUCAGAUGUGACAGAGGACGCAGUGACCAUCUCUUGGAUCAAACCACUGGCUCCAUUUGAAUACUAUAAGCUGUCCUACCAGUCAGCCAGAGGUCGAGUGGACAGCGUAGUGAUUGACAGCGAUGUGACAAACUACACCCUGUCCAGUCUGUUUCCUGCCACCGAGUACGAGAUCAGUCUCAACGCUGUCAGAGGGAGUCAGGAGAGCAAAGUGGUCACCACAUCAGUCUUCACAGCGAUGGAUAUGCCGGCUGAGCUGACAGCCCUCAACAUCACUCCGCAGGGAGCCCUGCUCAGAUGGAAUCCGCCCGUUUCCAAUGUCGACAACUAUGUGCUGACCCUCACGCACAACCAGGUGACAGCCGAUACUUUCCUGGUGGAAGGCAACAAGCAAGAGCACCAGUUGUCCAACCUUAAGCCAAGCACCACCUACUCUGUCGCUCUCUACGCCACCAAAGGACCCCUCACAAGUGGCACCGUCAUCACCAACCUCCAAACACCCAUGGAUGCACCCUUGAACCUGACAGCCAGUGAAGUGAAUCACCGCAGCGCUCUCAUUUCCUGGCAGCCGCCUAUCGCAGAAAUUGACAACUACAUGCUCACCUACAAGUCGGCUGAUGGCAACCGCAAGGAGCUGAUCCUCGAUUCAGAGGACACGUGGAUUCGACUGGAAGGACUGGCGGAGAUCACUGAGUACACCGUCCAGCUCCAGGCUGCGAGAGGACUAGACACCAGCGCUGUAGUCUCCACUACUUUUACUACAGGGAGUCGUUUGUUCGCUACACCUCAGAACUGUGCCCAACACCUGCUGAACGGGGAGAAUCUGAGCGGCGUCUACACCAUUUACAUCAACAGAGACCCCAGCCAGGGUGUGCAGGUGUACUGUGACAUGACCACAGAUGAAGGAGGCUGGAUUGUAUUCCAGCGCCGUCAGAACGGCCUGACAGACUUUUCCAGGAAGUGGAGUGACUAUCGCGUCGGCUUUGGAAACCUGGAGGAUGAGUUCUGGCUCGGUCUAGACAACAUCCAGAGGAUUGCUGCUCAGGGUCGCUACGAGCUAAGGAUUGACAUGAAGGACGGACAGGAAUCGGUCUACGCCAAUUAUGACAAGUUCUCCGUUGGAGAUGCAAGAAACCUCUACAAGCUCAGGAUAGGAGAGUACAAUGGCACCGCUGGUGACUCUCUGAGCUACCACCAGGGCCGGCCCUUCUCCACAAAAGACAGAGACAAUGACAUCGCUGUCACUAACUGUGCCUUGUCUUACAAAGGAGCCUGGUGGUACAAGAACUGCCACCGGGCCAACCUCAACGGCAAAUACGGGGAGUCCAGACACAGUCAGGGUAUCAACUGGUACCACUGGAAAGGCCAUGAGUUCUCCAUUCCCUUCGUGGAGAUGAAGAUGAGGCCGUUCAACUUCCGUAGCAUCAGCAGCAAGAGGAGGCGAUCCACCCCUGUAUAAACAAACCACCUCUUCCUCUUCCACCUUCUCCUCCUCCUCCUCCUCCUCCUCCUCCUCCCAGCCCAGAGCCACGGAUAAACAGAGUUCGGAUGAUGUUCAGUGAUUGAGUUUCUGCUCGCUUGCAGUAAAGGCAGCCUGGAUUGUAACUGAGCCAAGCCUCGUUAGCGAGGCUGAAAAAAAAGAAAAAAAGGUGGGUCUCUACAUAAAGCUACUAAUAUUUUGUCAAGAUUUGUAAAAGUAAUACAACACAUUAAUAAACUAGCAAGCAGAAGUAAAAAACAAACAAGCAGACGCGGCAACAAUGUCUGAACUCUGUUUAUCUCUGCCCAGCUUUAGCCGUCCCUCCCUGCUGUACUUCUACCCAGACGAUAGAAGACUGUAUGUAAUUUAUUGAAUACUUUGAAUGACAAUGGUUCUGUUUGCUGUCAAAAAAAAAAAAAACGGAAAGGCAAACCAAGAAGCUUUGGUUUUCUUUAAUCUGUGAUUUGCCUUUCCCCCGGGAUGUGAGGAAACGUGCUGAAAACUUCUCUCUGGAGUGAGAGUUAGUGUUAUUUUAACCGUUACAAAAUAACUCUUUUAACUAAAAAUAUACUGUAUAUGCCCUUAAAACCCUUAACUGUAAUAUAUAUAUAUAUUUUUAUAACUGAUAUUGUGACAACGUCCAUCUAUUUAAUAUGAUUUGAUGCCUUGGUUUUGAAUUGACACGAUGACAAACACCGGACAUGAGGUCAUAUUAACGUUAUAGUAAAAAGCAAAAGAGCCAUCGUUUGUCAUUCAUAAAGCAGUGCACCAGCAACAGCUUCGUUCCCAUCGAUUUGUUUCACCUUCCAAUAUCGUUUGUGUUGCGUUAUUCAAACGGGAUGAUAGUAAUCAUCGACAUUACAUUAUACUGGUCGUCACACUGAGACAGUAUUUGCACUGUGAGUGGGAACACAGCAAAGCUAUUGUUGUUCAUUUAAUUUAAUUUUAGUUGUUCGUGGCCAUUUAAUGUUUCCCCUGCUUUUAUUUUCAAGCAAAACACCGUCUCCUAUUAAGUGCGUCGCUCCCGUCGUAGAUGCUGUGAUUGCUUGCAGGGAUGGUGCCGAUAGACUUAACCAAAGACUUGCAGAAUAAAGACUCAGCCUGCUGUUUGGAAAGAUGCCAGUCACCAAAGUCACUGAAGCAGCUUUUUUCCUCUUUUAAUAGAGUCCCACUUUUCGGGGCCUUUUAUGGCGCCCGCGUCCCCAGGCAUUAUUUUAUGCAUUGUGAUCAUUCUAUGCAGAGGAACGUCGGGGCGGGCACAGCGGAGCGUUUUGCCUGGCCCCACUCCCACCGCUAGCUGAAAUGAACUUAACAAAGAAAGCAGAACAGUAGGUGGAGCGGGGCCAAGUCUUUCUUCUGCGCUUUUCUUUUUACUCGCUCCACAAUGUAAGCUCCCCAGCGAAACAAGAAAAUCAGCAAACACGCCUGUGAAUGUGUUCAUUUUAGUGGUAAUCUGCAAACAUUGUGUUUUACUCCGGUGCCAGUUCGGUGCGUUUUUUUUUUUUUUUUUUUUGUUAUUUUAGUUUUUUUCUUGAAACUGUUUUGCUGUUGCAGUCUUCUCUGUGGGAGGAAGAUUAUCUGUGUGGAGUUUAAAGGCGAACCACACACAACGUCGUGUCCGCUACAAUCUAUAGAAACGAGCGUCACCAUCACUGCAAGCAACAUCUUGUAUAUUUUUCCCCCCUGUCUGAGGAGCUGUUCUAAAUAUUUCUUUCUUCAGUUCACCUUCUCUAACUGAAGCAAACCAGCAAAUCCGGCUUCUGCCACGCGACUGUGUCUGUGUUCGAUUUGAUUUCUCCUCUUUAGACUCGAAAAACGAUAGCGAUUCUCCCCUCUUUAAAUUACUAAUAUACUCAUGUAGUUAGAGAGUUGAAGAUACCGUGUCAUUUGAUGUGUUCCCCCUUUAGAUGCAAACCUAUUCAGAAAGCCUUGUUGAACCUUUCCAUUCUAACCGCUGUACUCCUAACCACUGCUGGGCUCAAAGGAUGGAUGGAGCCUACUGCAUGUCGACUAAACUGCGAUGAAGAGUCUGAUAGUAAAUAACAAAUGUCCUGCGUAUAUAUAUGUGUUUCAACUCUGAUUUCUAGUCAUGUUCCUUUCGAGAGUUUUUAAAGGUGGAAGAUGUACGUCACUGGGAUCACCGACGAUCGACACGCGACCUUUCCCAGCUCUGAUUUACGUUUCAUUGCCGGAGCGACCGCUCAUGCCGUCCAUCUACCCGUAGUGAUUUCUAGUAGAUUAGAGAAUUUCCCCCGUGUACUUAUUUCAUUAACUACUUAGAAGUUUGCCUCAGAGGGUUUUUGUACAAGGUAAACAGAGUUAAGGAAGCUUUGCAGAGAACAAGCUGAAUGUUAUUUGUAUUGCGAGGGACUGCAAACAUUAGGUGCUCUUAAAUCCUUAAAAGAAGAAAGCUAAGGUUACAUUUGUGUUUGUUCUCCAUAUUAAUACCAUUAAUACUUUAUUAAUAUAGGUUUGUUGCCCUUUACGUUUGUUUAAAGCAUCCUACAUUGCGUUACAUCCAUAGGUGUAAUAAUAACAACCGUAGUAAUGUUACUCCUGUCUGCUGUAUUAUGUGAAAUUGAACUGACUUGGGAGACUUCUGGCAUCAAGUAAGAAGGUAUAAUUGUUCUCUUUUUUUCUUGUUUUCUUUUUGGAUAUUAAAUUGGCAUUUCUUCUGUAAUUCUCUUGUUUUUUCUUUUCAUGUAAAAAUGUUAAGCUUAUUUUAUUUUAUUUUACUAGUGGUUUUCAAAAGUGUUUCUUUUAUGUGCAACUAAGCUACUGUGACCAAGUAAUUUCCCAUGUGGAUCAUUAAAGUCUGCCUAAGUCUAACCCCCCAAAAUCCACGCGAGGCGGCUGCAGGAGCCGAUCGCAGCCGCUGCAGUUAAGGCUCAUGAUUCCAGACGUGCCGCAGUGCGUUUCAGAAGCUCCUAAUAAACAGCUACCGGGCCGCUAUAAAUACGCUCCCAGCCUUUUUUUUAUUUUAUUUUACAGAAACCGUGUCAAGCUCCACAGAGCAGAUGAAGCAGACAGAAAGUUGAACAUGGGAACAAGGGAGAACAUUCAACACUGCUAAAUAAAACCAACUUUAUUAAAGCAAAAGCUACAACAGAGCCACGGCCGCCACUUAAACUUCACACUCAGUCUGUACCAGAAUCCAUUCAUGGUGUUAUGUAUCGCUCUUUUACAAGACAAGACAACUUGCCCCUUUUUAUUUAUUUCUCUGCUAUUUAUUGUCCACUUUCCCCGUAACAUAAAGUCCUGUAUGGAUCUUAUGUUGUAGAUAAAUAAAGCAAAAAAAAAAAAAAAAAAAAGCUCUAUUUAUUCAUGGUUUAUGUUCACAAGUCCAUCAGCCGAUAUUGCCAUCGUAGUUGGUGAUAUUUGUUCUCUGAGCCACAUAUUUAAAUGUGUUGAUUUGAAAUCUUGCCGUGAAAAAGUUAAAUGUUGCGAAAUUUGGAUAAUGACUGUUUGAAAAGCUCCUACAAGCUGAGGCUGAGGAUUUAUUGUUGGAUAACCUUGGAUAAUGCUGUCAAAUUUAGCUCUAGUUUGACUUAAACAUGUACUAUAUAGUUCCUUUUUUAAUACAUUUUCUACAUAUUAAUAAAAUAUUCAAAUAGUCUGA